AUGUCGUCGUCGUCGUUCUUUCUUCGUUUCGUACUUCUUUUUGCUAUUGCCAUUAACACGUUCGCUGCACCAGUAGCACGGCAACGUCGUCAAUUUAAUGAUUUCAUGAACAAUCUAGGUUUUGGUCGACAAGGUACAGCAGCAUUUAAUGGAGCGUGGCAGGCUGCUCAAACAGGAAAGGCUAACAGUGACUUUAGUGUCGAUCGUAUUCCUCCCCGUAAUCUGGAUAAUUUUCACUUGGGUGGUCAAGCGAGCGGGGGUAUACCUUUAAUUUACAAUGGACCUAAAAAUCCGUCGCUUGGUCUUGGUGGUGCAAUAUCGGGUGCCGUCGGUGUUAAUGGAACUAAUGCUUGUUCAUUCUAUAUACUCACAAAAUUUUUCUUUAAUUUAGUAUCACUUCUUGUUGGUGUUGGUACACGUAUUCUUACCCAAGGAUUUCGUAUUGAUUUUACUUCAUCCAAUAAACUAUGGUGCAAAUUUCGAAUUCCUCUUCUUGACAUUGCCACUCUUUGUUCUUCCAGUUGCUUAUGUUUUCAAUCAUUGGAUGCCUUCUUUGCUACAUCUCCCUCGGUUUCUUGGCGACGAAAAAACUUACUUUUGAAUGUGCAAUCAGGAACAUAUGCAUGCGUUACUACUAAUGGAAGCUAUGCACUUUUUCGCAGUUAUUUUAUUGUUGUUGAACUUUAUCUUGCUAUUGCUGUUUUGGUAAUUAGCAUAUUUGAUUCCCUAACCUAUCGACAAUUACAAAAGUUAACUUCAUACGAACGAAGUCCACUUUCUGCAUUUACUAGACAAAUGACACGAAUGGUUUUAUGUCAAAUCAUCAUCGUAUUGAUCUUCGUUAUCCCAAAUGCUCUUGUAACAAUAUAUUUUGUUACUACGGCUAGUGUAAGCAAGAAUGCCUACCGUGUAGCACAAGAAGGUGUAUUCAAGUGGUUUUCAAUAUUUAUUUAUGGCUAUGGUGCACUUCCUGUAAAAAAAAGACUUAUUUUAUGCACCAACUUUAUUGAGUAG